AUGCCUACAGUUGAACAGUUGAAAUGGUCUUCGUUUCUUGGUGAUAAGAAUGGUGAAAAAGGCGGUGAUGAAAGGAAAUUGCGAAGGCUGGUUGAUGUUACAAAGCUUUCUAUGCCUGAGAGAUGUUCAUUGAUUGAGAAGCUGAUUGGAGAUGUUGAGCACCAAGAUUUCCAACUGCUGCGGAGAAUUAGAGAAAGAAUGGAUAAACUCGGGAUAAAGAAUCCUACUGUUGAAGUAGGAUAUCGAAACCUACAUGUUGAAGUUGACUGUGAAGUUGUUGAUGGAAAGCCACUCCCAAAAUCCAACAAUUCUGCAAUCAGUAAGCCAUUUCUUUUGGAUUCUGGUUUGCAGAACCUUGUGAGGCUUCCAUGUUUGAAGCCACAGAUUUCCAAGAUCAGCGUAAUUAAAGAUGCAAGCGGUAUCAUCAAACCGGGAAGGCUGACUCUAUUGCUAGGACCUCCAGGAGCUGGGAAGACAACCUUUUUGAAAGCACUUUCAGGAAAUAUUAGCAAAUCCCUUCAGGUUACUGGGGAGAUUUCCUACAAUGGAUACAGGCUAACCGAGUUUGUUCCCCAGAAAACGGCUGCCUACAUAAGUCAAUACGAUCAGCAUAUCCCAGAAAUGACUGUUAGAGAAGCACUUGAUUUCUCAUCCUGCUGUCAGGGUGUAAACAGCAGAGCAGAAAUUAUGAUGGAGCUCAUUAAAAGGGAGAAAGCAGCAGGAAUUCUUCCUGAUCCAGACAUAGAUACUUACAUGAAGGCGAUUUCUAUCCAAGGACAAAAAACAACUCCCCAAACUGACUACAUUUUGAAAAUCCUAGGACUCGGUACAUGUGCUGACACGAUUGCCGGAGAUGCCAUGAGGAGAGGCAUUUCUGGUGGACAAAAGAGAAGACUGACUACAGGGGAGAUGGUUGUCGGCCCAGCAAAAGCAUUGUUCAUGGAUGAAAUCUCAAAUGGAUUGGACAGUUCAACUACUUAUCAGAUGGUUUCUUGGCUUCAGCAGUUGGCACAUCUGACUGAUGCAACCAUACUGGUGGCACUGCUUCAGCCGGCACCAGAAGUAUUUGAUCUCUUUGAUGACAUCAUCUUGAUGGCUGAAGGAAAAAUUAUUUAUCAUGGACCUAAAAGUAAGGUUGUGGAAUUUUUUGAAAGUUGUGGCUUUAGGUGUCCUGAAAGGAAAGGAGUAGCAGAUUUUCUCCAGGAGGUGAUUUCAAGGAAAGAUCAAGCACAAUAUUGGAUUCAAGGUGAAGAAAGCUACAGUUACAUUUCUGUAAAUACAUUUUGUGAGAUGUUUAAAGAAACAUCUUAUGGGAAGAUGCUGUAUCAGGAGCUUUCGCAGCCAACUGUCAAGUCCAAUGACCAAAAAGAUGCACUUAGUUUUGAUGUAUAUUCUCUUCCAAAAUGGGAACUCUUUAAAGCAUGCCUCCGUAGGGAGUUUCUCCUGAUGAAAAGAAACUCUUUUGUGUAUGUGUUCAAAGCUGUUCAGCUUUUCAUAAUUGCAUCAAUCACUAUGACUGUAUUUCUACGAACAUGGAUGGAUGUCGAUCUUCUCCAUGCAAAUUAUUAUGUGGGGGCCCUUUUCUAUGCGCUUGCAAUUCUUCUAGUCGAUGGGGUCCCAGAACUGUCAAUGACUGUUUCAAGACUUCCAGUUUUCUACAAACAAAGGGAUAUGCAAUUCUACCCAGCAUGGGCAUACACAAUUCCUGCUGCCAUCUUAAAGAUUCCCCUCUCAUUGCUAGAAGCCACUGUCUGGACAACUUUAACUUAUUAUGUGAUUGGUUUCAGCCCUGAGGCCGGAAGGUUCUUUCGCCAGCUAGUGCUAUUUUUUGCUAUUCACUUGACAUCCAUAUCCAUGUUUCGGUUCUUAGCAUCCAUCUGUCGGACUCUUGCUGCGUCUACAAUUGGGGCUAAUUUGACAGUGUUGUUUGUCUUCCUAUUUAGUGGCUUCAUAAUUCCUCGACCUACAAUGCCAGUGUGGUUGAAGUGGGGUUUUUGGAUUUGUCCAUUGACGUAUGGCGAGAUUGGCCUAGCAAUUAAUGAAUUUCUUGCACCAAGAUGGCAAAAGACCCUUCCAGCAAACAACACUAUAGGGCAAGAAGUCCUUGAAAGACAUGGUUUGAAGUUUGAUGGUAUCUUCUACUGGAUUUCACUGGCUGCUUUGUUUGGGUUUACGAUACUCUUCAACACCGGUUUCAUUCUCGCCUUAAGUUUCUUAAAAGCUCCUGGUUAUAGGGCAAUCAUCUCAAGGGAAAAAUUCUCCAAAAUGCAAGAAAAAAGUACUACUUCCUUUCAUGUGGAUCAAGAGUUGAGGAAUACUACUUUCAGAAAAGCUAAAAGAUCAGAAAGAAUGGUUUUACCUUUCCAACCUCUGGUAGUAGCGUUCAAAGAUGUACAGUACUAUGUGGAUGUCCCCAUGGAAUUUGUACAAGAAGUCCUUCACACAAUUGAGCUUGAUGGGAUCAAAGAUUCUUUAGUAGGUGUUCCAGGGGUCAGCGGUUUGUCAACUGAGCAACGCAAGCGACUUACAAUUGCCGUUGAACUGGUUGCUAAUCCCUCCAUAAUUUUCAUGGAUGAACCUACAACUGGAUUGGAUGCAAGAGCAGCUGCAAUCGUGAUGCGAGCAGUGAAGAAUGUGGCUGAUACAGGGAGAACAAUGGUUUGCACUAUCCAUCAACCAAGUAUUGACAUUUUUGAAGCUUUUGAUGAGCUUAUUCUUUUGAAAACUGGAGGGCAAAUGGUAUACUUUGGACCACUGGGCAAGCAUUCGAGUGAAGUGAUCAAGUAUUUUGAAGCUAUUGAUGGUGUCCCGAAAAUAAAAAGGAAUUAUAAUCCAGCGACGUGGAUUUUGGACGUGACUUCUGCUGCAUCUGAAGCGAAACUCGGGGUAGACUUUGCUCAGAUCUAUAACAAGUCAUCUCUCUAUGAGAAGAAUAUGGACACUGUAAAGAUGUUGAGUGCUCCAACUCCUGGUUCUAAAAUUCUGGAAUUUCCAACCCGCUUUUCACAAACAGCAUGGGGACAGUUCAAAGCUUGCCUCUGGAAACAACACUGGUCUUACUGGAGAAGCCCGACAUACAAUCUGACCCGCGUUCUCCUCAUGACUAUGGGAGGCCUGCUUUUUGGAGGACUGUUUUGGAAUCAAGGCCAAAAACUGAAUGAUCAACAGAGCCUACUCAACAUAUUCGGAUCAAUGCUCAUUACCCUAAUCUUUGUUGGUGUAAAUAAUUCUUCUUCAGUUUUACCAUAUGUCAGCACGGAGCGAACUGUUUUCUAUCGCGAAAGAUUUGCAGGAAUGUAUUCGUCAUGGGCUUAUGCCGCCGCCCAGGUUGUAAUUGAGAUUCCAUAUAGUUUUACCCAAACACUAGCAUUUACAAUCAUCUCAUAUCCAAUGAUUGGAUACUAUUGUUCAGCCUGGAAGUUCCUGUUUUACUUCUACACCAUAUUCUGUACAUGCUUGUACUUCAACUAUUGGGGAAUGCUGCUGGUUUCCAUUACAUCAACCCUUCCUCUUGCAUCCAUUGUGCUCUCAGCUUCUUACACAAUGUUCAACUUAUUUGCUGGAUUCUAUGUUCCUCGACUGAGAAUUCCCAAGUGGUGGACCUGGCUGUAUUAUCUAAUUCCUUCAUCAUGGGCUCUUAAUGGUUUGAUUACUUCACAAUUUGGAGAUAUCCAAGGAGAGAUUGAGGUGUUUGGUCAAACUACAACUCCAGCAACCUUCAUAAAACACUACUAUGGAUUUGACCACAAUCAAUUGCCUCUUGUGGCGUUUAUGCUGAUCCUGUACCCACUCACUUUUGCUCUUCUGUUUGCUUACUUUAUUGGGAGGUUGAAUUUCCAAAACAGGUGA